AUGGAGCGAGCAGGCGGAGGCAGUGCUAUCCUAGCGUUGGUUUGUGUCUUCGUGGUGGCGACGAUCCUCACCGUCUCCAACGCCGCCGGCAGCAAACUGGGCGAGCGUGGUCCCCAGGUGCCGUGCCUCCAAAGCACAUGGAACAGGACCACCGGUGAAUGCUUCAUCACCAACGAGUGUGACAUCACCAUGUAUGGCUCCAAGCUCGAUGGCGUGGCCAUGUGCGGCCACUCGGCGUUCUUCAUCGGCUACUGCCGCGACCAGUGCCAGGGUCUCACGUGGAACCAGCACCAAGUGCGCAACCAACGGCAAAUGCUGCCCUCCUCGCACCGUAUGCUGAUCGUGGGGACAACCGUGCGCCGAACCUCCAGACGCUGCUUUCGAUCAGGCGGUCGGUUUGGUCCACUCAUUCUCGAGUAG